AAUAUUUUGUUUACCUUAUGUAAUUAAAAAUGCGUAUUUUCGCUAAAUUUAAAGUGAUUUAUUAAUUAAAUGUCGUCCAAAUUGAAGUUGUACUUGGGCAGAAAGGUUCUAGAUUGUGUAAAUAAACCCAAUAUAUCCAACCUGCAAAAUGUGAUACAAGUAGAAAAUAAUACUAAAAGUGGUAAUGUAAACUUGAAGUUGCCUUUAGUUUGUUUGGAGGCUCAAAUUGGUUCGAGUGAGAUACCAAAAUUACUAAAAAUCCAACCGGAUGAUAUAAUAAAACAGCUUAAAAUUGAGAAUAAGUGCAUAACAUUCGAAAUUGAUAAAAAAUUGUUUAUUGCGGAUGUUAUUGAGAGUUGUGCCAAUCCAGAUUUAAAUUUAGACAAUGAAAAAAUUGUUGUGGAAUAUAGUUCUCCCAAUGUGGCAAAACCAUUUCAUUUGGGGCAUUUAAGAAGCACAAUAAUCGGGAAUUAUAUUGGGAAUAUAAAUAAGUUUUUAAGGAACGAUGUGACCAGAAUUAAUUAUUUGGGGGAUUGGGGGACCCAAUUUGGUUUUAUUAAAGUUGGGGUGGAGGAUUUAAAAUAUACUUCCGAAAAUAUUAAAGAGAAUCCUAUAAAGUUGCUGUAUAAAUGUUAUGUCCAUGCGAAUAAAUUAGCAGAAAAAGAUCCAAAUAUAUUGGAGAGGGCUAAAGUGGAGUUUGCAAAGUUGGAGAACGGUUCAAUUGAGGAUAUUAAAAACUGGAGAGUUAUUAUAGGCUAUACUAAAGAUGAACUUAAAAAAACCUAUGAAAGAUUAGGCGUGCAGUUCGAUGAAUACAACUAUGAAUCUAUGUACGGUUCAAAAGAUAUACAGGAUGUUAUAGACAUAUUAAAAAACAAAAAACUCCUCAUCAAACAAAAAGAUGGCAAAGAAACUAUAAAAAUGAACGACAAAAACAUUACAAUCCUCAAAAGCGAUGGCUCUACUCUCUACUUAAGCAGAGAUAUAGCCGCUGCAAUGCAUAGAUACAAGAAAUACAACUUCGAUAAAAUGUUUUAUGUGGUUGAGAAUGGCCAACACGACCAUUUUAGCGCGUUAAAACACGUUAUCAAAGAAAUGGGAUGCAAAUGGUCUGACAAGUUGACGCAUGUUAAAUUUGGUAGGAUCAGGGGGUUGAGUACAAGGAAAGGUACUGCGGUUUUUUUGAACGAUAUUUUGGAUGAGUGCAGGGAGCUUAUGAUUCAAAAACAAGUAUUAUCGCCAAAUACAAAGGUUCCCAUAAGCGACGAUAGAAUUUCGGAUAUUUUGGGCAUUUCUUGUGUUAUUGUAAACGAUUUGAAGCAGAGGCGACAAAAGGAUUAUGAAUUUGACUGGGACAGGGUUUUGCAGGUUCAAGGAGACACGGGAGUGAAAUUCCAGUACACUCACUGCCGAUUAUGCAGUUUGGAGCAAAAUUCAGGUGCAACUCCUGCUAAAGUAUGCGUCCCUGAAGCACUAGACGAACCUGAAGCAUUAAUUUUACUGAAGCACCUUGCCAAAUUCCAAGAGGUUUUGCUUGCUUCACAAGAACAGCUGGAAGCUUGCAUUUUAGUCAACUAUUUGUUCCAUUUAUGUAAUCACAUAAGUAAGGCUCUAAAAGUGCUCCAAAUAAAAGGAGCAAAUCCAGACAUAGCCUCACAAAGAUUAUUACUCUUUAAUACAUCCAGAGAGGUUUUGAAAAAUGGGAUGAAUAUCUUGGGGUUGCAACCUUUAAAUCAAAUGUGAUGGAUUCAAUAAAGAGUUUUUUAUUGUUAAAACUAUUUUUUAUUUAUUUAUUUAUUUACAAAACUUAACGUUUCUUCCAUGUGAACUUUCUUCUAGCGCCUUGUUGACCAGGCUUCUUCCUUUCUCUGGUACGGUAGUCACGGGUUAGUAAACCAGCUA